GGUCAUGUGACUCUCCCAUCGGUAGGGAUUUCUCUCUCGGCAUGGCGGAGGUGAUGGAGCUCGGUCUGCUUUCGAACACCAGUCGUUAUACACUGUGAGGAGGACACGGGUGUUUUUGUUGUCGGGAAACCGCUCUGCGCCUUUCUUUCCUCGCGGUUUCGGGCCAUAAUGGCGGAGCGCGGUGUGGAUGUGUCCGCUCUCCCGCAAGAGGUCCGGGAGCAGCUCGCUGAACUGGACCUGGAGCUGUCUGAGGGUGACAUCACACAAAAGGGAUAUGAGAAGAAGAGGGCAAAAGUUUUAGCGCCCUACUUAGCCCAAGCGCAAGAUUUGGCUCCGCCUCCAGCCUAUGAUGAGCAGUCUCCUGGUCCAAGCUCCGCCUCUGCUCCUGAACCCGGCCCGUCAAACUCGUCGUCCUCCUCUUCUCGUCAUCGGCGCACUCGGAGACCACACCGGAGCGGCGGCACUAGAGAUGAGCGCUACCGAUCAGAUAUCCACACUGAGGCAGUUCAGGCAGCGCUGGCCAAGCAUAAAGAGGAAAAGAUGGCACUGCCAAUGCCAACUAAACGUCGCUCCACAUAUGUGCAAUCCCCAAUUGACAACUGCACUCCACCAGACUCGUCCUCUUCGUCUGAUGAUGAGGCGGUGUCCAGUGAAAGUGCAGGCCCUCAGCAGUCCUCAGACACUUGGAUUAACAGCUCUCUGCACGGCUCUUCCACCUCCUCCUCUGCCUCCUCUACGCUCUCACAUGGCGAAUCUCGACCCACCCAGAACCCUCAGCCUCAGUCCCAGCAGCUGCCACCUCCACCCGCUCCUGCCCACCCUCCACACUCACACUCGCAACCCUCCGCCCUGGCAGAGGCCUUCGCCCAGACACGCAUUGUGCGAAGGAUAGGAAGAGAUCCAGUUGGAGGAGUCGGGCCUCCUGAAGUGCCAUCACAAGCCCAGGCCAGAGGCUCUCGUGUGGAUCUGCCGGCCAAUGCUGUGGUGCGAGGCAUGAGUCGAGGACAGAGCCGCUCCAGCAUGAUGGAGACAGCAGACGUGAGAAGAGUAGGCAGAGGUGUUCCAGUGUCCAGUCGUGUGUCCACUAAGAUCCAGCAGCUUCUAAAUACACUCAAACGACCCAAACGGCCACCGCUCAGUGAGUUCUUCAUGGAUGACCAAGAGGAGAUUGUGGAAGUUCCUCGGGCAGAUCCGAACACCCCGAGGCCCGAAGGCCGUCAGAUCAUCCCGGUGAAGGGUGAGCCGCUGGGUGUGGUCAGUAACUGGCCUCCUGCCCUCCAGGCAGCUUUAGCGCGAUGGGGAGCCACACAGGGCAAGAGUCCUGCUCUCACCGCUCUGGACAUUACAGGAAAACCACUCUAUACACUCACGUUUGGGAAACUGUGGAGUCGCAGUGUAAAGCUGGCCUACACGCUCCUCAACAAACUAGGCACCAAAAAUGAGCAGAUCCUCAAACCAGGAGACAGAGUGGCGCUGGUGUAUCCUAACAGUGACCCCGGUAUGUUUUGGGUUGCGUUUUAUGGUUGUUUGUUGGCUGAAGUUAUUCCUGUCCCCAUCGAGGUUCCACUGUCCCGAAAGGAUGCUGGGAGCAGCCAGGUUGGCUUUUUGUUGGGCAGCUGUGGUGUGGGUCUGGCUUUGACCAGUGAAAUCUGCUUGAAGGGUUUACCAAAAACCCCCACUGGAGAAAUACUGCAAUUUAAAGGUUGGCCCAGAUUAAAAUGGGUGGUGACCGACUCCAAAUACCUCACAAAGCCUUCGAAAGACUGGCAGCCUCACAUCCCAACAGCCAACACAGACACGGCAUACAUUGAAUAUAAGGCCAGUAAGGAGGGCACAGUGAUGGGGGUUGCGGUUUCCAAAGUGGCCAUGCUAACACACUGCCAGGCGCUCAGUCAGGCCUGUAACUACUGUGAGGGUGAGACACUGGUGAAUGUUUUGGACUUUAAGAAGGACAUGGGAUUGUGGCAUGGAGUUCUAACGAGUGUGAUGAACCGAAUCCACACCAUCAGCGUUCCAUAUGCAGUAAUGAAGGCCUGUCCUCUGUCCUGGGUUCAGCGGGUUCAUAUACAUAAAGCACGGGUGGCCCUGGUGAAGUGCCGUGACCUGCAUUGGGCGAUGAUGGCGCACAGAGAUCAGAGAGACACCAGUCUGGCCUCUCUGCGUAUGCUAAUUGUUGCUGACGGCGCCAAUCCUUGGUCUGUUUCAUCAUGUGAUGCAUUUUUGAACGUAUUCCAGGCUCACGGUUUGAAGCCAGAAGUCAUCUGUCCUUGUGCUACGUCACCUGAGGCCAUGACUGUCGCCAUUCGCAGGCCUGGGAUUUCUGGUGCUCCUCUUCCAGCGAGAGCCGUUCUGUCCAUGACUGGCCUGAGUCACGGGGUCAUCAGAGUCAACACUGAAGACAAGAACUCGGCUCUCACCGUUCAGGAUGUGGGACAUGUCAUGCCUGGAGCAUUGAUGUGUAUUGUGAAACCCGAUGGGCCGCCUAUGCUGUGCAAGACGGAUGAGAUUGGAGAGAUCGUGGUAAACUCUCGCGCUGGUGGAAACAUGUAUUAUGGCCUUUCAGGAGUUACUAAAAACACCUUUGAGGUAAUCCCUGUCAACGCUAGUGGUGCUCCUAUUGGAGAAAUCCCAUUUGUACGGUCGGGAUUACUGGGAUUUGUUGGACCGGGUAGUCUAAUUUUUGUGGUGGGUAAGAAUGAGGGCCUGCUAAUGGUCAGUGGUCGUCGUCACAAUGCUGAUGAUCUAGUGGCGACGGCGCUUGCUGUGGAACCUGUCAAAACUGUGUACAGAGGCAGGAUUGCUGUGUUCUCGGUGACUGUGUUCUUUGAUGAGAGGAUAGUAAUCGUAGCAGAGCAGAGGCCUGAUGCCAGUGAAGAAGACAGUUUCCAGUGGAUGAGUCGGGUUUUGCAGGCAAUUGAUAGUAUUCAUCAGGUGGGUCUGUACUGUCUAGCACUGGUUCCUGCAAACACUCUGCCUAAAACUCCCCUGGGUGGCAUUCACAUCUCAGACACCAAACAGCUGUUCCUAGAGGGGGCACUACAUCCCUGCAACAUUCUCAUGUGCCCACACACCUGUGUCACCAACAUGCCCAAACCACGCCAGAAACAACCAGUGGGAGUCGGGCCUGCCUCCAUCAUGGUGGGUAAUUUGGUUGCUGGGAAAAGAAUAGCACAGGCUGCAGGGAGAGAUCUGGGACUCAUUGAGGACCAAGACCUGGUCAGGAAGCUGUGCAUGUGGCCUACUAUGAUGCAUCAGUUCCUCACUGAAGCUUUACAGUGGAGAGCUCAAACAGAUCCCGACCAUACGCUUUAUGUGCUUUUGAAUGCAAAGGGAGUGGCGGUGUGUACAGCUACAUGUGUGCAGCUUCAUAAAAGAGCAGAGAAAAUCGCUGCUGCUCUCAUGGAGAGAAGUGGCAUUAACAUCGGAGAAAAUGUGGUGCUUUUGUAUCCUCCAGGUAUUGAUCUGAUCGCAGCAUUUUAUGGCUGUUUGUACGCUGGUUGUAUUCCUGUCACCGUGAGGCCUCCACACCCACAGAACCUCUCUGCCACUCUGCCCACCGUCCGCAUGAUCAUCGAUGUCAGCAAGGCUGCUUGCAUCCUCACUACUCAGGUUCUAACAAAGAUUCUCAGAUCGAAAGAAGCAGCAGCUACAGUCAACAUAAAAACAUGGCCUAUCAUUAUAGACACAGAUGACUUGCCUCGCAAACGGCCUCCCACAAUCUACAAGCCACCCAAUGCUGAGAUGAUCGCCUAUCUGGACUUCAGUGUUUCUACCACAGGCAUGCUGACAGGAGUAAAGAUCUCUCACGCUGCGGUCAGUGCUCUGUGCCGCUCUAUAAAGCUGCAGUGUGAGCUCUACUCCUCUCGCCAGAUCGCCAUCUGCCUUGACCCCUACUGCGGACUUGGUUUUGUGCUCUGGUGCCUUGCAAGUGUCUACUCUGGUCAUCAGUCCAUCCUGAUCCCCCCUAUGGAGCUGGAAACGUCACUGACCCUGUGGCUGGGAACACUCAGUCAGUACCGCAUCAGAGACACCUUCUGCUCCUAUUCUGUCAUGGAGCUUUGCACCAAGGGUCUGGGCGGACAGACAGAGCUGCUGAAGGCGCGUGGUGUGAACCUGUCGUGUGUGAGGAGCUGUGUGGUGAUCGCUGAGGAGCGACCACGUUUGGCUCUCACACACUCCUUCUCCAAACUCUUCAAAGAUAUUGGACUCUCCAUGCGGGCUGUCAGCACUGCUUUUGGGUCGAGAGUUAACCUGGCUAUCUGCCUACAGGGUACUACAGGACCAGACCCGUCAACUGUAUAUGUGGACAUGAAGUCUCUCCGACACGACCGGGUGAGGUUAGUAGAGCGAGGAGCACCACAGUCGCUUCCACUCAUGGAGUCUGGAACAAUUCUUCCAGGUGUGAGGGUGGUCAUAGUCAAUCCAGAAACUAGAGGACCGCUAGGGGACUCUCACCUGGGGGAGAUUUGGGUGAACAGUCCUCAUAAUGCAACAGGAUACUACACAAUAUAUGGGGAGGAAAAUCUGCAGGCUGACCACUUCAACACUAAACUGAGCUUUGGAGAUCCUCAGACGCUCUGGGCCAGGACUGGAUACCUGGGCUUUGUCAAGAGAACUGAACUCACAGAUGCCAGUGGAGAUCGCCAUGAUGCUCUGUUUGUGGUGGGCUAUCUGGACGAGACUUUAGAACUGAGAGGUCUGCGAUAUCAUCCAAUUGACAUCGAGACCAGUGUGUCUCGUGCCCACCGCAGCAUUGGUGAAAGUGCCGUUUUCACCUGGACAAAUCUGCUGGUGGUGGUGGCUGAGCUCUGUGGAUCAGAGCAGGACGCUUUAGACCUGGUUCCACUGGUAACCAAUGUAGUAUUAGAGGAGCACCAUCUGAUUGUGGGAGUAGUGGUUAUUGUGGACCCAGGCGUCAUACCUAUAAACUCCAGAGGAGAAAAGCAGCGAAUGCACUUGAGAGACUCUUUCCUGGCAGAUCAGCUGGACCCCAUAUACGUGGCGUACAACAUGUGAGCUGCUUUAUGGGUGAGCCAACAGUCUACCAGAGAGGUGCUAUGGAGCCUGGCCUCAGAACGUGGGAUUGGGUUCAUUAACAGACAGACUCAGCCCUGCUUUUUUAGGGGAUAAAGUGUUAUUUAACUGAAAUAUAAACACGUGAGAUGACUGUUUUUGGAGAAGGAAUAGUUUAAAAUAAUUGCUUAUUUCCUUCCCUCCUAGAUCCUCCCCUUUUCUAAGCAAAAUGCCACAUACUUGAUGUCCAGCUCUUGGUCAUGAUCUCAACUUACUUGAAGUACAUAGCAGUUUUUUUCUCUUCUUUAACACCCUUCUGUUUUAGCACAGUCUAGUACUAUUAUUAAUUCAAAUGAGCUUAAAGCCUCAGUUCGUAAGUUUUAACCUAGGUUGUUUGAUUUCAGAGUUUCUGAAGUUUCUUUUAAACAAUUCCAAAAUCAAUUCUGGUUCAGACUACGCAGUAUAUGUCUAAAUUGGCACAUUUGUUGAGCUAUUUCAACAGCGCAUCUUUAUGAGGAUAACUGAAGUCAGUCGCUUUACUUCAAAAUAAAAAUUGUCCUGUUUCUAGUCAAGAUAUCGAAAAAAUACUUACAUCAAGUGUUUUCUUAAAUCAAGAAUUUUCUAAAUAAAUUGAUUUUAAAUUUAUUCUGAAAAAUUGAGUCAUUAAGUGAGUGAAUAAUUAAGUGAGUUUUUUGUUAAAACAUGCUAAAUGAUCUGCCAAUAGUGCACCCACUUCGAAUGUUAUCACUUGAUUAAUUGAGCAAUAUCAGUGGUUUUCAGCUGAUAGAUAUGGGCCAGUAGGGGCCUUCUGAGCAUACUAGUAGGCUCAGAAGGCUGUUUUCAUCCAUCAACAUGGUUAAUCAGCUAUGCUAAUAUAAAUGACUCCAGAUCCAGAUCUAUUUUUGCAUUACUGUAACGGUUGGUUUUAGGGUUGGGAUAGGGGUAGACGUUAAUAAAACACAAUUAAUGGGAAAUUUAAUAGAUAAUAUAAAUAAUUCAUUUUAACUUCUGGCUGCAGCUGUAUGUAAUCUAUAGCUGAUUAACCAUGUGGAUGGAUGAUAACCCCUACUGGCCAAUAUCUAUCAUCUGAUAACCACUGAUAACACCCAUUCAAUCGAGUGAUAACAUUCGAAUCGACUGAAUAGUGUAAGUACAAUAAUUACGUUUUUAGUUUGAAAUAUAAUUAAAUUAAUUAUA